AUGGCCUCUCGGUGGCCAGGCGUGGGGGCCGCCAUUCGCAGGAGAUCUCUGCAGGACCAGGAGCAGCUGGAGGAGAGCGAGGUGCUGCAGCCAGCAGUUGGCCCCCUGGAGCCCUCCAGGGGGGCACUGGGCUCCCUCUGCAGACAGUUCCAGAGGAGGCUGCCCCUGCGAGCUGUCAGCCUCAAUCUGGGGGCAGGCCCCUCCUGGAAACGCCUAGAAGCCCCAGAGCCGGGGCAGCAGGGCCUCCAGGCUGCAGCGCGCUCAGCGAAGAACGCCUUGGGUGCCGUGUCCCAGAGAAUCCAGGAGUCCUGCCAAAGUGGCACCAAGUGGCUGGUGGGAACCCAGGUGAAAGCCAGGAGGAGGAAGAGAGAGACGCAGAAGGGCAGCAGCCCCCCAGGCCGCAGCCUGAGCCAGAGGAGCACCCGGCUGUCUGGGCCCAGCCCUGGCCGCUCAGCUCCGGGCCCCUGGGAAAGGGAGCAUCACCGCCUCCCCACCCAGAGGGGCCCCUGUGCCCACCCACUGCGCAGGGCCAGGAGGGAGGCCGCCUUCCGGAGCCCCUACUCCUCUACAGAGCCCCUCUGCUCCCCCAGUGAGUCCGACAGUGACCUGGAGCCUGUGGGGGCAGGAAUCCAGCAUCUCCAGAAGCUGUCCCAAGAGCUGGAUGCGGCCAUUGUGGCUGGGGAGAGCGGUGACGUGACCUUUUCUUUCAUUCGUGACUGA